AUAUAAAAAAGUGGUUAAACGGCAGAAAGGAUGGUUGAGUCUGGGUGGUUAUGGUGAGUGUGUGUUAACUUGGAUUGCAUCGAAAGUGGAAAUGGUGAAGUCAAAGAGAUUUGAAGGAAAGGUGGUGAUUGUGACGGCUUCCACGCAAGGAAUCGGUUUAGCCAUAGCCGAGAGGCUUGGCCUCGAAGGUGCAUCCGUUGUUAUCUCUUCUCGCAAACAGCAAAACGUUGACGCGGCGGCGGAAAAACUGAGGGCAAAAGGAAUUGAAGUGUUAGGGGUUGUUUGCCAUGUUUCUAAUCCUCAACAACGGAAGGAGUUGAUACUCAAAACUGUGCAGAAGUAUGGAAAGAUAGAUGUUGUUGUGUCCAAUGCUGCUGCAAAUCCUUCUGUUGAUUCCAUCUUGCAAACAAAAGACACUGUCCUUGACAAGCUAUGGGAGAUAAAUGUCAAAGCUACUAUACUUCUUUUGAAGGAUGCUGCGCCUCACUUGCAGAAGGGUUCUUCUGUUGUUAUCAUUUCCUCAAUUGCUGGUUAUAACCCGCCACCUUCUUUGGCUAUGUAUGGAGUGACCAAAACAGCCCUUCUUGGACUUACCAAAGCCCUGGCUGCUGAGAUGGCUCCAGACACUCGUGUAAACUGUGUUGCUCCUGGUUUUGUGCCGACCAAUUUUGCUUCAUUCAUUACAACUAAUGAAGCUGUCAGGAAAGAGCUUGAAGAUAAAACAAUUCUUAAAAGGCUCGGUACAACAGAAGACAUGGCUGCUGCAACAGCAUUUUUGGCAUCCGACGAUGCUUCUUAUAUAACAGGAGAGACUAUAGUAGUUGCUGGGGGAACGCCUUCAAGGUUGUAGCUUCCGCUAUUAUUCUCUCAGUCAACACAUAUUUGAAGUUCUUUUUAGCAAUAAAUUAUUACCUGCUAGUCUGAACCCAUGGGAUAUAUAUGUUCACUUGGUUUGAACAGUGUUUAUUUCAA